ACUUUGUUCAUGAAUGAAGGAGCAAUCAAAUACAGAACAUUAAGUGUAACUGCAUCAUAUCAAACUUCUGUCUAUAGCUCGGAACCUGUGGAGGUUUGACAUUAUGCCCGUGUCUUGCGCCGCUAUUGGGUGCACAAAUCGUUUCAUCAAAGGGUCAGAAAUUCGGUUUUAUCGGUUCCCAAUCAGUAAGCCUCAGUUAGCAGAGCAAUGGGUACGAAGCCUAGGGAGAAAGUCCUUUGUUCCAACUCCCAACUCCUGCCUGUGUUCUGAGCACUUUCAGCCAGACUGUUUCCGCGAUUACAAUGGAAAACAGUUCCUGAGAGAAGAUGCUGUUCCAACUAUAUUUUCUACCUUGCCAAACUCUGGGGGUGAUACUGCAAAAAUUGAACUGCGGAAAAACCGAAGUGGAAUCAUGGUCAAGGAGUCAAAUGAGACCAGCCGCCAGUCAACUUUGUUUAAUGAACGAGACAAAGCUAAACAAAGUGCAAAGGAGAGAAGACAAACUACAAGAGAGACUAGCUCAAAGAAUAGAAACUCAAAUGAUGGAUCCAGGAGAAGAGGAGGGGCCAAGUAUUCAUCCAAUGACAGACAGACCAUCGCGACUAAAAGUAAGGUGUACGACAGCCGCGGUCUGCUGAUCUCCUGUGGUCUGGACCUGUGUGACUGUCUGGACGUGGAUUGCAGGGGCUGUUUCUACCCCUGCCCGGAGUGCGGCUCCCGCAAGUGUGGCGUGGAGUGCCGCUGUGAUAGAAAAUGGCUCUAUGAACAAGUGGAAGUGGAAGGGGGUGAGAUCAUCCGAAAUAAGUAUGCCAGCUAACCAGUCAGGAGGAACAUGGAGGGGGGAGUGGAGUGGACCUUUUUUCAGUUGAUUCCUGGUUGAUUUUGAAGGAGAGAGAAGGGGAGUUAUUGGGACACUGUGUUGGCAAACCAGAAAGACAGUCAUUUACUGGGAGAACAGUUCAUUCCUUCCCGUCUCAAGAGGACUGAUAUGGAAUACUCUGUACCCUGUAGUAUUCAUAGAAAAU